AUGGGUACCGGAAAGAAGGAGAAACAGAGACGUAUUCGUCAAAAUGACACCAAAGAUGGGAAUCUGCGAGUGAAGGGUGAGAAUUUUUAUCGUAGUGGGAAAAGAGUUCAGUUUCUGAAUAUGUAUCGCGAUGGGAAGUCGAUUCGCAAUAAAAAAGGUGAUCUGAUUCGUGCGGCUCCGUUGCAAGGGACUGACAUACCUACGGCUAGAGUACAGCCAGAUCGUCGUUGGUUUGGGAACACCAGAGUUAUUUCGCAGGACGCCUUGUCACAUUUCCGUGACGCGCUUGGCGAUACUGAAAAGAACAAUUACCAAGUGCUGCUGCGUCGCAACAAGCUUCCUAUGUCGCUUUUGGAAGAAAAAGACACUAAGGAGUCUCCACAGGCGAAGAUUCUAGAAACGGAAAGCUUUGAGCAGACUUUUGGUCCCAAAUCGCAACGGAAGAAACCCCGGGUAGCUGCUUCUAGUCUGGAAGACCUAGCCACGUCUUCGGCAGAAAACACCACUGCGUACGAAGAAAAGCAAGAAUUAGAUUCUACGCUGGGGCUAAUGGGACAGAAUGGCACGGACGAAGAUGGGUGGUCACAGACGGCCAAGGAAGCCAUUUUUAGCAAAGGGCAAUCCAAGCGGAUCUGGAACGAGCUUUACAAGGUCAUUGAUUCCUCGGAUGUGGUGAUCCAUGUGUUAGACGCUCGGGAUCCGCUUGGAACUAGGUGUAAGUCGGUCGAAGAAUAUAUGCGGAAAGAAACUCCUCAUAAGCAUCUAAUAUUCGUACUCAACAAGUGCGAUUUGGUACCAACUUGGGUGGCGGCUGCAUGGGUGAAACAUUUAUCGAAGCAUCGUCCAACUUUAGCAUUCCACGCAUCUAUCACUAAUUCAUUUGGUAAAGGUUCUCUAAUUCAACUGCUGCGUCAGUUCUCGCAAUUGCAUAAAGACAGGAAACAAAUUUCGGUCGGGUUUAUUGGGUACCCUAACACAGGUAAAUCUUCGAUUAUCAACACCCUUCGUAAGAAGAAAGUGUGCCAAGUUGCGCCCAUCCCCGGUGAAACCAAGGUGUGGCAAUACAUCACCCUGAUGAAGAAGAUCUUUCUUAUUGAUUGCCCAGGUAUCGUUCCUCCUUCAGCAAAAGAUACCGAGGAAGACAUUUUGUUUAGAGGUGUGGUAAGAGUCGAACACGUUUCCCACCCAGAACAGUACAUUCCAGGCGUUCUGCGAAAGUGUCAGAGAAAGCAUUUGGAGAGAACAUAUGAAAUAUCCGGCUGGAAGGAUGCCGACGAUUUUAUCGAAAUGCUUGCUAGGAAAAUGGGAAGACUACUGAAAGGUGGCGAGCCAGAUGAAGCUGGUGUUUCUAAACAGGUGUUGAAUGACUUCAACAGAGGUAAGAUUCCCUGGUUCGUUACUCCUCCAGAGAAGGAAGAGCCAAAUAAAGCUGCUGGGGCCAAGAACAGCGAUAAAAAGAGAUCCGCCGCGGACGCGGAGAUUGAAGUAUCAGAAUCCAGCAAGAAGGCUACUGUUUAA